GUGCCAGUUCCCAGUUCAGGUGUUAUCCAGGUGCUCCCAGAGGUAGUCUUUGAGUUUCGUAUUAAAAACAUUGAAGGAGGAUCUCUCCGGAAUGUUUCAGGAAUGACAUGCCAAAUAUAAGGAGCCACAAGAAUGGCACAGUGACUCCCACCCAUAAGCAAUCCAGUGGCACAGGAAAUUCCCCCCACCCCACCAACAGCAAGUGGCCCAGUUUUCCUCCAUAAGCAUCCAGUGAAACAUUGAUCCCCCCCCCAUGAGCAUCCAGUGGUACAGGCCCCGGAAUCCCCCUUCGCUCCAGCAGCAUCCAGUGACCUACAAUACGAGUUGGCAAUGCUCAUACCAUGGAUAUUACACUAUAGAUUUCCUGAAGAGUUCGCUGCCCACCGUUUCCCAUAGCAAAGCAUGAGCCAUUUGAACUCAUUCUCAGCAGGGCGCUGAUGGUAGGGUCACGUGAUCAUGAUGUCAUCGAGGUCCUUUCCGAGGAUAGGAACUAGACUCUACCUUCUCCAAAGGGCAGCACGAGGGGCGGAGAGAGAGAGGAAGCGGAAGGGGCGGAGCUGAAGAGGCAGCAGAUAGCCUGAGUAGCAGAGGGAGCAGUUGGAGACCCCGACAUGUCCGGGGACACAGAGGAGGUAACCCGUUUACGUAAACCACGUUUCUCCUAUGAGGAGAACCAGAUCCUGAUCCGAGAAGUACGGGCUCACUUCCCUGUUCUUUAUGGCGCACAGAGCCGUCGUCUUAGUGUAGCAGAACGUCGUCGUGUGUGGGAGGGCAUUGCAGCUAAGAUUAACGCAAUUACCAACUGGAAACGCACUGCCCAGGAGGUUCAAAAACGGUGGAACGAUUUCAAAAGGCGAACUAAAGAGAAACUAGCACGAGUUCCCCAUUCUACCCAGAGUGGAACAGCAGAGGAGGCAAUGACUGCUGAAGAGGAGACUAUAUUUGCCAUCUUGGGGCCUGGUGUAAUGCCAGGGAGUGGUCACUAUGGAUCUGUCACACGCUUGGGAGCUAUUGAUUUCAAUCCAUCAGGCCCAGGAUCCUCUAGUCCUGAAACUUCACUCAGUGUUCCAUGUGCACCCAUUGAAGCACCACUCCUUCUCCAUCCAAAGGAAUCUCCCUCCCCAACAUCACAGCUUCACAUUGUCCAGCUCCCCCAUCUCACUCCUUCACCAGACCCAUCAGAAGGUCCUUCACCUCCGCCUCCUGGUUCAGAGACACCAUUGCUCACUUCCAGUGGAGUUGCCCAUCAUUACGACCCUACAGUUGCCAUGCUGAGGGCCCAACAGGAAACGGCAGAAGCAAUAAGGCAUCUAACCUAUACUUUACGUCAAAGCAUGGACCGCUUGACCAAUGUUUUAGCUGCCAUUUUGCCCCUGGUCCCUCAUCAGCCACCAGUAUCACCUACUCCUUCUGGUAUUCUUGGCCCUGUGUAUUAUCCUACUAAAACAGAACCAGAGUCUGAACCAUGUUGUCCUGUAAGUUAUGAGGAAGAAAAUGGGGAAGAUGGGAUGGAGGAUGAGAUCCAAGAAGUUAUAGCAGAACCUCCCAGGUCUCCUUCUCCUCCACCCCCAAAUAAAAGAAAAAGGUUUGGCUAUCUAAAUCCAAGAAAGAGAAGAGGACGUUGGAAAAACCUCUAAGAUUUUUUUCCACACAUUUUGCUCCCCCAGCAGGCAUGAGGCUAUUAUAAACUGAUGCUUAGCUGCAUACUUGAAACAGCAGGGCAUCUACAGUGAGGGCUAUGUCUCCUCCCACUUUGUUUAUUUAGUAGUAACAUUCUUCUCACCCCUUCCACACCAUCGCAGAGAAAGGGGAAGCUAAUGUCCGAUGGAUGGUACCAUUUUAAAGAGGUAGAAAACAGGAAUUAUUAUUCCUUCUUUAAAAGGAAAUACGUCUGACCCCACUCAAACUCUUUCUUCACCCAUUUUAAAUCUGUAGAUAUCAAAACUGAAAACUCCUUCAAAAUGUUUCUGGAAAUAUGGAACAAGGUGAUCUCCAGCACCUUUCUGGAUUAUUUAGUUAUAUUCAUGCCUUGGCACAUUUGGCAGACGAUCCAAAAGUUUAAACUUCUGACUUCUAUUGACUUGAAAAUUAAGGAGUAGGGCCCAUACACAGAAAAGCAAUUUGAGGAAUUGCGUGGAAACUGAUGUAAUGCAUUCUUGGGGUGAUAGCCAUAGUUAAUUUGAUUGUGUGCAGAUAUUGUCCUAUUUGGACCUCUUUAAAUCAUUUUUUAUUUUCCAAAUUUGUAAAAACUCAGAGAUUGGCAACUUGAAUUACUCAAGUUCCUGACCGACUACAACUUAAUGCUUCAAAAGUAGCCUAAUUGCUGGUAGAUUGAACUGCGUAGCAUAAUAUUUACUGGCAUUUGUAUUGGAUUCAUUAAUUAUAUAAUUAAUGGAAGAGGCUUAUGUCAAAUACAUAAUUCAGGGCAACAUUAAAUAUAUAUUUUUUUCUAAAUUCAAGAUUGCCAAUACUGGACAUUCUAAGAAAUAAGCUCUAACUGGAAGAUUGCAUCACUGCCUUCUCUUUUGUCAAUACUGUCCACUAUCUUUCUACAUUUUCUCCCUCUAUAUAUAGAUGCCCCACUGAAAGCAAUAUUCUUGUAUAUAGACGUAUACAAACUGUAGAUAGCAUCCGCUUCCAUGUUAUGUCAGAUAGGCAUAUAGGAGUUAACCUUGGAGCAUUGAUUAUGUAUGUAAAUAACUACAUAUUAAAAAUAUUUGGUUCAUA